ACAAAGCAAAAUAUUAAAGAAGUUUGUGAGGUUACAUCGCCGGAUACUGACUCCGCUUUUUCAGUCAAACUUCUCCUCAGUCAAGAAUAAACCUUAAUAAUUUAAAAUGUCUGCACGCUACGAUCGCGCUAUUACUGUAUUCUCGCCCGAUGGCCAUCUUCUCCAGGUGGAGUACGCUCAAGAAGCCGUCCGCAAAGGCUCAACCGCUGUUGGUGUACGAGGAGCCGAAGUUGUCGUCCUGGGCGUCGAAAAGAAGUCAGUUGCGAAACUUCAGGAGGAGCGCACCGUGCGUAAAAUCUGCCUUUUGGAUGACCAUGUUGUGAUGGCAUUUGCUGGCCUUACAGCAGAUGCGAGAAUCCUCAUCAACAGAGCACAGAUUGAAUGCCAGUCACACAAACUCACUGUAGAAGAUCCAGUCACAUUGGAAUAUAUUACCAGAUAUAUUGCGGGACUUAAACAGAAGUAUACACAGAGUAAUGGCAGGAGGCCAUUUGGCAUUUCAUGUCUCAUUGGUGGGUUUGAUUUUGAUGGUGUUCCACAUCUGUAUCAGACUGAACCUUCUGGUAUCUAUUAUGAGUGGAAGGCAAAUGCUACAGGUAGAUCAGCCAAAACUGUGAAGGAGUUCCUGGAAAAGUACUAUUCGGAGGAGGAAAUGAAAACUGAAAAUGGAACUGUCAAGUUGGCUAUCAGGGCUUUGCUUGAAGUUGUGCAGUCUGGACAGAAGAACCUGGAGAUCGCGGUAAUGCGUCGUGGUCAACCUAUGCAAAUGCUCGAUGUCGACACGAUUGAACAAUAUGUUGUCCAAAUUGAAAAAGAGAAAGAGGAGGAAGCUGAAAAGAAGAAGCAGAAGAAGUAAUUUAAGGCAGUCAUGGUUUAUGGCGAUUUUUUCUAUUAAUAAUUAUUCAACAACGUCGAUCAGUUGCUUACUUAUUUUUACAAUAAAUACACGUUAAGAUAAUAA